UAAGCUUUCGCUUUCCUGUCCUAGCCUAUAGUUUAUAGUGUCGCAACUUAAAAUAGCAUUCUUCAUCUUCAGUCAUUUUUCGAUGAAUCGUCCAGUUUGGUUUUUAAGAUUUUUCAAUGUACUGCAUAGUACAUAUUCUUAUGGACUCCUUUUUCAUCUUCUUUUUUAUAAUGACACACCAGAAUGGCCUUAUUGAUUAAUAUAUGUUAUACUUAUGCCAUUCCAGUCGACUUAGCUUCUUAUAUUUGGGCUUCCAUUUCCAUCUGUCUUUUACAGGCAGUCAAUGAUAUUGACAUCCACAACAUUGUUAUGUCAUAUCUUGAGCACAAUUGCUUUAAAGAAACUGUGGAAUCUUUUAUUGCUUGUACUGGGAUGAAGCAGCCUUCUGAUCAUCUUGAGGACAUGGAAAAACGAAAAAGAAUUUAUCAAUUUGCCCUAGAGGGUAAUGCACUUAAGGCAAUUGAGUUAACUGAACAGCUAGCAACUAACUUACUAGAGAAAAAUAAGGACCUGCAUUUUGACCUUCUAAGCCUUUACUUUGUUGAGCUUGUAUGCUCUAGGAAAUGCACAGAAGCUCUGGAAUUUGCACAGUUGAAAUUGACCCCUUUUGGGAAGGAGCAAAAAUAUGUUGAAAAGCUCGAAGAUUUUAUGGCUUUGCUUGCAUACGAGGAACCAGAGAAAUCUCCGAUGUUUCACCUGCUUAGCUUGGAGUACCGGCAGCAUGUGUCAGAUAGUUUAAAUCGAGCAAUUCUUGCUCAUGCAAACCAUCCAACCUACACGGCAAUGGAAAGGCUGAUACAACAAACAACAGUAGUUAGACAAUGCUUAAAUCAAGAGCAUGGAAAGGAUGGACCUCCUCCGUUUUCUUUGAAGGACUUCCUGAGAAGCUGAAGUGCACAAUACUCAAAGAAUUUCUGCAGAAAACUGUUAAAGGGUGCUUAUCUCUUUGUUUCCGAAUGUGGUUUCGCUAUAAGGUCUCGUCGUGGUUGACAGUAUAGUCGUUGCCUGCGUCUCUGUAAAGGUUCUGAGAAUGGCCCUUUGGGUGCAUCUAAAUGUUCAUGCACUUUCUGAAGUUUGCCUGAUUGCCUCUUUUCAUGAAUGGUCUUUUAAAGCUCUAAUUUUGCAAUGUGGGUUGCAAUGGGGCCUUGUUUUUCAACUUUUUAUUUUGAUUUUUAGUUUAUUUGUAUCCGAGUGUUAAUAUUACAUAACUAUCAAAUCAUUUUAGG